AUGGGACCCACACGACGAUCUCCGAACCUCAUCGAGUAUGUCUGGCCUUGUGGUCACCACGACAAUGUUUUGGUGGAAAAGGCACCGGGGAUCUCUUUUGUGAGAGGGGACUUUUCACUUCCUAUCGCCAAAUCACCAGAGGAGUUUACAGAAGAAGAGAGGAAGGGCGUGCCCGGGCGGCGGAAAUGCUGCAGGUGCUGGGCAUCGAGCAGUUUGUUCAAGCCGCUCGAGGUGUGCGGGGAGUGUGAUCAUGCCUUUGUCGACUGCUCAAACUGCAUGAUUGUGAACUCUUCUGGGUCACGGGAGAUUGCCACCAGCGACAAGAAGGUUGUGGGAGAGUUUGAUCAGACUCCCGAGGCGUGGAGGUGUGGGGAGUGUGAGGCCAUUAAUGCUUUUGAUGAUGAUGGGGCUUUUAAUGGGUUUUUGGCGCCAAAGGUGGCGGAUUAUGCGGAGGACACGGCCUGCAAGAAAUGUAAUGCUCCGUUCAGCGAGGAGAAUUGGGUUAUUAGCCCGUUUAGCAUUUAUCUUGGCACGUGGAAUGGGAGGAAGGUUGCUGAGGGAGGGCCAUGGCAUUGGAAUUUGGAGUGGCACCGGGAUAGGGUUGGGAAAGAUCACAAAAAGGAGGACUGCUACGGGCCGAGGAAGAAUGGGAGGCGGAGACGGGAAAAUCCAUGCAUCAAGAAGGAUUUCACCGUCGAGGCACCAAAAAAGAAUGAGGUUGUUCCAGUCCCCGUUGCUGUUCCAACGGAGCCAGAACAGACAGAGCCAUCAAUCCUGUCUACACCACCAGACUCGCCAUCACCAUCACCGCAACCGCCAGUCGAUGAGCCUCCAGGAGAAUACCAACCCCCGGCAUCCCCACAACUAGAGGUCGAAGGUGACGAACCACUAGACUCACCUGGUUUCACGAUCGGGGACUACGGAGAUGAUGGCAUUCCAGAGGACCACUCACUGUAUCAAGAACGACAUCUUUCCAACCCAUACGAUGAUCAAACAACAGCUGAUCUCGGCUCAUACUACAACCCUCCACCGACUAUCCCGUACGGCGAAGACGAAGAAGAUGGGCAGACACUUGAUGACUACUACCAAGAAAACCCGCCAUUGGAAGAUGAGCCUGAUUUCGAGCCAGAGAGUCUCGAAGGUCAACCACGGUUCGAGUUUGUCGUUUCUGGACCGCAGGAACAUGCUGCCGAUGAAGAGAAUGACGAUCCCCAGUCAGGCGAUAUUACCUCAGGAGCGGAUGAUGCGGAAGAGCAAGGUCUUGAGUCUGAUGAGCUUGACCUAGGAGAUGUUGGCCUUAAAGUCUCCACUGGUGAUCAAUCCGUCGCUGGUGAUGAAUCGGCAUCCUUGCAAGAUGAAGAGGCUGGUCUGGACCAAGAUAUGCCCGUUGAGGAUAACCUUGACGAAAAAGAAGAGCAUGAUGGCCAAGAACAGGUUUCUGAUGGCGAGGGUGUUGAGUCAGGGCUGGAUCAAGAGCUAGAUCAGGAGCAGGUUGAUCAUGAAGAGCCUGUUCAGGACGACGAGGUGGACCAAGACGAGGCUCAGCAGGACGACCAGCACGAGCAAGUUGAGCAAGACGGCGAUCAAGACGAGGAGGUUGAACAGGAAGAGUUUGAUCACGGCGAGGUCCACGAAGACGAGGAUAUCGCAGUCGACGACGAUGUCAUCUCCCAGCCUCAAACCCCCAUCAUUGAAGAUGCAUCAAAUGACGAAGACACUCGGGCCGAUGUCGACCAGGUGCUGGACUCCCCUCUUCCUUCAACGGAACCAGAGGACUUGGUUCAGGACGACGACGACACCGUCGAUUCUCAGAGCAUCCCAGAAGAUGAAAAAACCCAGGAGCUCGCCGAUGCCGAGACCCUUUCCGCGCACCAAGAACAUGACGCGGUCGACGAUGACCUCGCCCAAGAGCACAUCUCCGACUCUGAGCAGUAUAACCAAGCUUCCGAGGAUGGAAGCUUCCAAGACAUCAACCAGGAUGAGGUGAUUUCUGACAACUUUGAGGAGGUGGAAUACAGCCUGAAAGAUCCCGAGUCCUCUGAUGAGAAUGGAGAGCGCCCCAUGGGGACCGACCACGAGGAUUUUCAGCCUGGCCAGGGCGAGGUCAAUGAUGAUGGGCUUUACGAGCAGGAUUCCCCUGAGGAGGAUUUCUCUUGCGAGGACCGACAGGAAAGCGAAUACGUCGCCGAGGAUGAGGAGGCGAACGUAGAGGUGGAUCGGUAUCCCGACCCGGUUGAUGAGGCUGUAGAGGAGGAAGCCGUCCAUCAAGAGGAUGUAAACCUACCAGAAACCAACACCUCCGAAAACCUUGCCCAUGCCGAGCUUUCAGAAGACGACUGCGCUGAAGACGACUACGAGCAAGGUCAGGCUACCCCUACCUCAGACGACGCUUUUCCAGAAGAUACCCUCAAAACUGAAGACGGUGCCUCAGAUGACGAGGCUCGUUCUCCACAUGCUGAAUCGUUUGAUGACGAGUUUCCCGACGAGGCGGAGACAUCAUAUGAGAACGCCUCUGACGGCAAGGAGGAAUUAUUGGGGCAAGACGCUGAUGAAUGCACCUCUGCUGCCUCGGACGACGAGCAAGUUGUGGAUGAAGAUGGCGCCGAGAUGACAACUGAAGACCAAGAAGAGGAUCUUCCAGCGGAAGACUGCCCCGCCGACGAAGAUCAAGUCCAAUACGGAGAGGAGGAGGCCCUUGCUGUGGAAGAUGAUGAUUAUCCUCUGGAAGAUGCCGAUGAAGCAAUUGAGGCUGAUCGCUCAUUCGAAAACAGUUCUGUCGACGGAGGGUUCACGCCCCAGGAUUUGACUCCUGUUGAGAGCCCCAUUCGUGACGAGUUCCCAGAGGGUCGAGUUCAGUCUGACCGUGAAUAUCUCGACGAGGACGAUUCUCAGUCCGUUGAUGACGGUCAGGUCCAAUCCGAGAAGGAAGCAGCAUUGGAAGACGAGCAUAUCGUUGAGGAGGCUGUUGCUGGCCAAGAAGUCAACUAUUCCUCUGGAACCCAGGAUUUCACUGAUGAAGAGGCACCUGUUGAUGAAGCCCUCUACGAUGAAGAUGCCCAAGACAAUCCCCCGGACAACGAUAAUUUCGUCGACGAAGAUGGAUACGCAUCUGAAGUAUCUCCCGCUGAAGACGAGAUUUGCAAUGAAGAGUACCAACACAGCGACCAGGAAUACUUCGACGAAGAUGCCGAGUUUACUGCUGACAAUCAAUACGACGAGGAGCCUGCUCCGGAAAAUGAUGAAUACCCCGAAGAUGACGAGCAGCAGUUCACCAAUGGCGAGGAAGAACUCAACACCGAGGCCCUCGACAACGAUGCUCCGCCAUACGACGAAGAUCUCCCCCUUCAGGAAAAUGAGUAUCAGCCGGAGGAAGAGAACUUAAUUGACGGGGAGCGCUCUCUACCUGAGGAUUUCGUCGAAGAAGCUGACGGUGAAGGUUUCGUUGAUCACGACGACUCGGAGCAUGACGACGAAGAAAUCCCUGUUGAAGGCCAAGAAUACGAAGAAGACCCCGCCUACGAACAGGAAGAGUAUCCGUCUCAAAACGGCGACAACCAGUUUGACGAAGUGGAGCCUGUCGAGGACGGCGAGUACCCUGAGGAUGACGCUCAGUAUCAGGAGGAAGCACCCGUCGAUGACGGCGAAUAUGCCGGAGAAGACAACGCCCUGUACGAUGAAGAGGCUCCUUUAGAAGAUGGCGAGUACACCCCACAAAAUGACGAAUUUGUCGACGGUCAACGCUCGCUUGAUGAUGAGGUCUUUGAGGGCGAUGGCAUCCCUGUUGAUGAUCAGCCACUUGAGGACAGGGAGGAUGAGUACUACGACGACGAGCACGCUAUUGACGACGAGGCUUUUGACAAGGAGCUCCUUCAAGAAGAACCCCUUGACGAGGAGCCGACUGACCAAGAAACCCUUGAUGAAGAGCCGAUUGACAAAGAGCUGCUUGAGGAAGAGCCCCUUGGUGACGAACAGGUCGACGAAGAGGGCUUCGAGGAAGAAGUCUCUGAAGAAGUUGUUCUCGAAGACAACGCUCAGCCUGAAGAACCUCGAAUGACCGAAGAAGAGCUCCGUGAACUUGAGGAAGCCUUUGACGCCGACUUUCUCAACACCAUCUCUGGUGACUUGGGUGUUCUCGAGAUCCCUACCGCUGACGAUCACAUCACCUUUGAAGAGCUUCACAAUCAGAAAUGUGCAGAGUCAGAAGGAGAUGGAGAGCUAGAUCCCGAGGCUGAGGAGGUCUUUGAGUGCGAAGCCGACCUCGAAGAGCAACAAGACUUCGACGGCCAGGAAGAGUUUGAGGGUCAAGACGAGGAGGAGCACGAAAGCCAAGACAACUUUGAUGGGCAAGAAGACUUCGAAGGCCAAGAGGAUCUCGACGGCGACGGCGAACGCUCCCUGGAUAUUGAAGAUGAGCAGGAAUAUCUUGAAGAUCAAGAACACUUUGGCGACCAGGGUGAACUUGAUGGGAAUGAGGACCUCGAUCAGCAAGAGGACUUUGACAACCAAGACGAGUCCCAAGACCAGGAAGAGCCCCAAGACGAUCAGCAUUUCGACGACGAUGGUGAGCGUGGGUCGGAUCUUGAGGAGGACCAAGAAGAUUUCGACCGUCAGCAAGAUUAUGACGACCAACCGGAAUUUGAUGGCCAAGAGGGCGUUGAAGGUCGGGAGGAACUCGACGCACAUCCAGAAUUCAAUGACCAGGAAGAGGACUUUGAAGGCCAAGAAGAAUAUCAAGGCGAAGAUGGCAAACGCGAUAUCUUCCUCGAAGCCGAGGAAGGACAAGACCUGCUUGAAGAAGAUCAAGAAGAGGAGGGAGAGGAGGUGUAUGGGGAGGGAGAGGAGGUUUAUGUUGAGGGUGAGUCGUUGGAAGAACCAGAGUAUCUCGAGGAUGGUGAGGGUGAAGUUGAAGAGGGGGAAUUCCUUGACGAGGAAGAUGGUGAGCGGGAGCUUGAUGAGGACGAGAUUGCAGAGGACGAGGAGGAGUAUGUUGAGGAGGGUGAAGAGGAGGAGCUCUCUGAAGAAGAAUACCUCGAAGGCGAGGAAGAGUACGCUGAAGAGGAAGGCUUUGAAGGGGAGGAGCAAGGUGAGGGCUAUGAUGAAGAGGAUGGCGAGCGCGGCUUGGAUGAGGAGAUGGAAGAAGGUGAGUUCGCCGAGGAGGGUGAGUACAUGGACGAUGAGGAGGAAGGUGAGUAUGCUGAAGGUGAAGAAGAAGAUGGGUACGUGGAAGGCAAGGAGGGUGAAUAUGGGGAAGGUGAAGAGGGUGAGGGCGAAUUUGAUCCAGAAAUGGACGGCGAGUUUGAGGAUGGUGAGCGUGGUUUGGAUGAUGACGAGUUUAUGGACGGCGAGGGAGAAUAUGUUGAGGAGGGAGAAUUUGAAGAUGAAGGUGCAGAGUUUGCCGAAGGCGACGAAUUUGGCGAAGAAGGAGAGUUUGCUGAGGAGGGUGAAUUUGGUGAGGAGGGCGACUUUGAAGACGGUGAGCGCGGUCUGGACGAAGACUUCGAUGGCGAGGGUGCGGAAGGGGAACAAGAGUUUGCCGAAGGUGAGUACCAGGAAGAUGGUGAGCUCGCCAAUAGUGAGGAAUUCGGGGAUGAAUUCGCAGAUGGCGAGGCUGCUGAGGGUGAAUAUGCUGAGGGUGGAUAUGCUGAGGAUGGUUUGCUGGAAGAAGACUUCGCCGAGGAUGGCGAGCGCGGUUUCGACGAUGGAGAGGCCGGCGAACCGUUCGAGGAGGAGCUUGCGGAGGAGGAAUUCGCCCAAGACUAUCCUGAAGGCGAGCUCACCAUCAUUUCACACAUGACGAAAGACAACUUUGCUAACAAUUCCACAGGUGAUGAGUUCGACGAAGAGAUGGGCGAGGAUGUGGGCGAAGAGCUUGGAGAAGGCGACGAAUAUGCUGAGAUGGGUGAUGAGUUUGGCGAAGAGGGUGAUCGGGGCGAAGACAUGGAGUUUGGAGAGGAGGAAGAGGAAGCCCCAUUCGGAGAGGAAGCCCCAUUUGAAGAGGAGCCUCCAUUUGAGGAAGAACCCCUGUUUGAGGAGGAGGCUCCAGUGGAGGAGGAGGUAUAUGAGGAGCAGAUCAUGGAAGAGGGGUUUGACGAAGACCCAGUUGAAGAGUUUGGUGAACCAGAAGAAGCCAUGUACGAGGAUGCCACUCAGGACGAAAUGCGACCGCACCUUGGAGCCCAUGGAUACCGGUUUUGA